UCGGUAAAGAAAAAGACAAAGAGAAGAAGUUAGACGAUGACAGCACCAGUACCACAGUCCCUCAGUCAGCUUUCUUGGGCCCAACAUUAUGGGACAAGACACUGCCAUACGAUGGAGACACUUUCCAGUUGGAAUACAUGGACCUGGAAGAAUUCCUCUCAGAAAAUGGCAUUCCACCCAGCCCAAACCAGCACGAGCAUAGCCCACACCAGUCAGGUCUCCAGCAAGCUACCUCAGCAUCACCUUCUGUCAUGGACCUCAGCAGCAGGGCUUCUACUUCAGUCCAUCCAGGCAUGGUGUCGCAGAACUGCAUGCAGAGCCCGGUCAGACCAGGUCAGAUUUUGCCAGCAAACCGAAACACACCAAGUCCCAUUGAUCCUGAGACUAUCCAAGUUCCUGUUGGCUACGAACCUGACCCUGCAGAUCUUGCUCUUUCCAGUAUUCCUGGCCAGGAGAUGUUUGACCCUCGCAAGCGCAAAUUCUCUGAAGAAGAGCUGAAACCCCAACCGAUGAUUAAGAAAGCUCGCAAAGUCUUCAUUCCAGAUGACCUGAAGGAUGACAAAUACUGGGCAAGGCGUAGAAAGAACAACAUGGCUGCUAAGCGCUCGCGGGAUGCCCGCCGGCUGAAGGAGAACCAGAUCGCCAUCCGCGCCUCCUUCCUGGAGAAGGAGAACUCUGCUCUCCGCCAGGAGGUGGCCGACCUACGGAAAGAGCUGGGCAAAUGCAAGAACGUCCUUGCGAAGUACGAAGCUCGACACGGCCCCCUGUAAAUUCAAGGGGGAGGAGUGGGGUUUUUUUCUUUUUUCUUUUUCUUUUUUUUUUUUUUUUUUUUUUUUUUUUUUUUUUUUUUGGUUGCAGGUUGGCAUUUGAAUAGAUGGACAAUGUGUUUCCUGUUUGAUAGCACCACGCCCAAACCAACCUUUCUGUCUUCAGCACUUUACCAGAAGCAGAAACAAAACUGACUUAACGUUUUUGUUGUUGUUGUUGUUGUUUGCGUAUGCGUGUACCUACGUAUGUGUGCACAUGUGUGUUCACACGUCUGUAUCUGUGUGUGUGCUUGUGUGUGUGCAUGUGCGUGUGUGUGUGUGUGCGUGCGCACGCAUCUCAGCACUUCCCAUUUUUAUGAAGCCCUCUUCGAAGGGUGCCACAUUUUUACCUGGACUGAUGAGAACCGCCAUAGUAAGCUUUUUAUUAUAUUUUUUCAGUGCUGCUUCAGAGUAGGGUUUUUAUGUUAUUGUAACCAGUUCCAUCCUCCUGAUUUACUUGGAAAGAUCCCAGUAUAAAUUAUAAAAAAAGGAAAAAAAAAAAAAAGAAAAAAGAAAAAAAAGUAGAUCUCAGUUUUUUCGAGAGUAACAAGCUAUUGUUAAGUAUGUCUAAUCAGAAAAGUUAACAUGCUAAUAAAAUGCACAAAUAAUAAUUUAGUACUACACUGCAGAAAUAUUAAUUUAUAGAUUGCUUUUGUUGUAUUUUAAGUUUUGGUGAUAAUUGUCUUCAGAUUUAAAGUGCUGUUAGACUGAGUUAGCUAUAUCAUUAUAGAUCCCAUAAUGGCUUCUCUAUAGCUGUUAAGGUUCCUUUCAUUUCCACAGACCCCAGGUAGUAGGAGUACUAUCGAUAGAGCACAGAGUGUGUAUUUUGCACUGUCUGUACCUGAAGCAAUAAUCCUAUUGUACGCUAGCGCGCAUGCUGCCCGGAUGUUCCUAGUGGACGUAGGAUGGUUUCCCUACCCAAGAGGAGUUUUAAUGUCUUUAA